UCGCUUUGCAUUGUGGGCUUGGCCUUCCUUUGCACGUGUCUGAUGUGAAUCCCAGUCAACAUGGUGUUCACUUCAUGUGCGUUCAUGCUGCCUCCACUGCGCCGUUCACUUUGCCCAACUGAUGUCACGCCGAUGAGAUAGCUGACACACACGGCUACUUGCGCAGGUUGGAUUCACUCUUCCUUCACGUCCUUUCCUCUCUCUGCGCCGCUUGCUAAAAUAUGGCCAGCGGGGAUGACGACGACCCUAUUAUAGAGGAGAUUGACGUCUAUCUCGCCAAAAGCCUUGCAGAGAAGCUUUAUCUACUUCAGUACCCCGUGCGACCAUCCAAGAUGACAUAUGAUGACGUCAACCUUUUGGCGGCUAAGAUCAAACCCAAACAGCAGCGGGUGGAACUUAAGAUGGCCAUGGAUACCAAUAGCCCCAACUACUGUCGCAGCAAGGGCGAGCAAAUAGCGCUGAAUGUGGACGGCACUGGCUACGAGGAGAGCAACACCUAUUCAGUGAAAAUGAUGGACAAUCAGACCUUCUCAUCAAUUCAGGCCACUACCAGCACUUCCCGAUACGCCGCUGCCAUUUUCCGAAAAGGUGAACUUCACAUAACUCCGCUGACAGGAAUUCUGCAGAUGCGCCCCAGUUUUACUUAUCUGGACAAGGCAGACAACAAAACCAGGGAGCGAGAGGCCGGGAAUGAAGGUGGAGACUCGUCCCAGGAUGAAGGCGAGGAGGAAGCCAAGGCUAUUUCGGUGAGGUUCGCUCGUCCCGAGUCGGAGCAAGCGCGCCAGAGAAGAAUCCAGUCAUACGAGUUCCUCCAGAAGAAGCAGGCCGAAGAGCCCUGGAUCCACUUGCAGUACCACGGCAUUAGGGACGGGCGCUCUGAACAUGAGAGGCAGUAUUUGUUCUGUCAGAACGUGGACUCUUCUGACAACUCUGAGCUAGUUAAAACGCCCAAGGAAUACCUCACAAUGCUGAUGCCUCCACUGGCAGAAGAGAAAGUUGUGAAGCCCGUGGGCCCGAGUAAUGUGCUUUCCAUGGCCCAGCUGCGCACACUGCCACUUGGCGACCAGAUCAAGACCCUGAUGAAGAACGUCAAGGUGAUUCAGUUCGCCAGCCUCAUGGGGCUGCUGGCCUCGGGUACCGAUUCUACAGCAGUUCUCCGUUGCAUCCAGCAGGUGGCGCUUCUAGUCCAGGGUAACUGGGUUGUGAAGAGUGACGUUCUGUACCCUAAAAAUACGUGCAGUCCUCAUAGCGGUGUUCCAGCUGAUGUACUUUGUCGGGGCAGAGACUUUGUGAUGUGGCGGUUUACUCUGGAACGCUCACUGAUGAGAAAGGAGGUGACGGCCAUGAUCAAACUUCCUCCGGAGGAUGUGAAAGAUUUCCUGGAGCAGGUAGCGGUUCCGCGUGUCAAUCGUGGCUGGGAGUUCCUACUGCCCGCCGAUGUUGAAUUUGUCAGGAGACAUGCUGACGUGGCCCAGCGGCAACAGAUGCUGUGGCUCGGCAUCCAGAGCAAAUUAGAAAAAGUGUUCAAAUUCUCUAAGGAUGACUUCAUGCCGAAGAAUUCUCUACUGCCUGAACCAGUUCACGUCAGUGGCGUUCAGCGUCUGAAAAUGGCCCAGGAUCGCGCGCAGGAGAAGCAGGCUUCUCUACAAAGGGACCUCGACGGCAAGAAGGCGGCAAGCGGCGGCAUCCGCAUCAAACAGGAGCCUUUAAGCGACGGCGAGGCCGAGCCCAUGGACACGUCGGCUCCCUUGCCGUCGUCGUCGGGCCUCACCAACGGCUCGCUCAAUGGCUACCCGGUUGCCGGGCGCACCAAUGGCGGCAGCCCCGCCAACGCGCCCUCGCCGCAACUGCUGGACUUUGUGACGGCGACCUUCGGGAAGAAUCACGUGCUGACGCUCAACGAGCUCAAGAGACUCUUCAGUCUCCACUUGGCCACCAUGCCGGCCGGACACAUCCCCUUCGGACCCGUGUCGGAUCACAUGUUGCAGGACGCCGUGCUGCUUAGCCGUUGCAAACAGAUCAUGGUGCCUUUUCCCGCUCUGACCUCUGCUACUGCUGACGAACAAAAGGUGUUUGGUCUGUGGGAGACCGGAGAGGACUUUGACAAGCAUCGCCACCUGCUCUACGAGAUGUUUACCAAAAAUUACCGCCUAAGGCGGAGUGCGGUGCAAACUCGGCUAAGCGAAACGUUCGGGGAUGUCUCCAAGGCCGACCUGGACCGGCUGCUCAAGGAAUGCUGCAGCAGCCACGGUGGGCUGUGGUACCUUAAAGGAACCAUACCGUCAUGACCCACGCAGCCCGCCCCCCCGGGGGCACCCAUAGCCAAUCAGUGUCCCGAGGGUACGCGGCCGAAGUGAGAGCCGGUCGCGGCCGGUCAUGACAAUGUCCGCCGCUGGGAACGCUAAAGAGGACGUCUGUGAAGGAGACAUGCUCGAAACAGAAAUGCCUCUUUUAUUUUGUAUUUGUUUCAUUUCUAACGGACCUUUUGAAGGUUACACAGCUGCCAAUUUGCGUCCAUUUCGUUAUCAAUGUAAUGGAUGCAGUUAUCCACAAGACACACUUAGCCUCAAUUAUGAUAUCACGGGACAGCACUUUCCUUUGAUACAUAAAACUAACAACCAAAACCCUACUUAUUUCAGACUCUUGGAUCGUUGAAAUGGUGUUUAGAAUGAGAGUGGAUAAACCUUUGGCUGCUACAUUGUUUGCUUUUUAUCCAAAUGUAAAAAAAAUGAAACGGUUGUGGAUGAUCACCAAUAAAAUGAAAUAUUUUGAUGAGUCACAAUUUAUUGUUACCAUUUUUUUUAUUAUGACAGAUCCAAUAAAUAUGCAUAAUCACAUUCUAAGCAAUGAAAACAAAAAUCA